GACCUCGACCGAUUUCCGGGUCACGUGGUGGGCGCAUAAUCAGCGACCUGGAUAGCAGAACCGGCCGUAUUUAGAACAAUAAACGCGCACUAGAUUCUACCCAAAGCUGGCCUUGGCUCGGAAACGGCGGCUCACAUGACCGCAGUGGUGCUGCCUCCCUGCGCCCCACAGCCGUGCAGGUGCCGAGUCCAAGCGGCACACCGGGCCUAACGGCUCCGUGAGGGGGAUAACGGCACGCCGGAGCCGCUCGGAUAUUUAAUGCGAUUCGUUGUUGCGGGGUUGGUUCAAAAGUGUGAUUGGGUCCGUGUGCCAUCCCUUUGGGUUGUCGGUGUGCUCAUGAUGUAGGCCGGUAGUCCUGCUGGAGGACAGAGCAGUGGAAAUCACAUUUCCGCACCCUUAGAAAAUAGGCGAAAGAGUCAAAGGAAAGAACGGCUUCUGUAAUUCAUGUGCUCAAGAGCGUCCGCUUGGCAUGAUGAGUACAGACAGACCCAAACGGAAUAUCAUCAAAAAGAAAUAUGACAUCAGCGACGGGAUGCCUUGGUGUGAAGAACGUCUGGUCCGCAAAGUUCUUUUCCUCUCCCUCAGGGAAUUCAGAGACACACACCGUGCCACACACAAACACUCACACAUACACACACGCGCACACAAACGCACGUCGAAAAAUACACUCUUACAUGCUCAGCGAAAGACAAAGACACUACCUAAAACACACACGCAUAAAAACACACACACACGACAGAGUGUGCACACGCCUCAACAAAGAGUCACACACAGACCAACAAACACACAUAUACAGAAAAACGCACACGGUGCGCAAAACGUGCACAUUUCAAAACAAGUACGCCAUCAUGAUCACACUAACAAAGGGCAAAAAAACAACUUGUCUCAGGACUCACAUGCACCAAAAAAUAAAUGUUCACACACACAACAGAACAUGCAAACGCAAUCAAAAAUGUGUGCAGGGAAAAUUACACACACUGUACAGCAUACAAACCAACAAGACAAUACACACACACUCCAGAAGAUUGGUGGAUCAACCAGGACACUACGCUCUCACAAAACACAAAACACAGUGUCGCUGCUGAACUCAAAAUACUCUAAUACUGCAAAACACACACACACUACUCAGCACAAACACUCAGUGAAAAACACCUGCACACCUGAGAACACACACACACCUCUGAGCCCUCCGGCCCUGGCCAGGACACUGCGGUCACACACUCCCACAAGUCUCAGUGGGUCCCCUGUUAAUGGCAUCAACCGGUGUCAGUCCCUCCUGUCAGCUAGUCCGAGCUGGAGCUGGUCCAUACAGACACGCCCCCAACAGCGCCGCCCUGCCAGCAUCCAUCCUCACAAGGAUGACCCUGCCAGCAAGAGACCAAAGCUGCGAGCGCAGAGGAAGUUUGCCCAGUCCCCUCCCAGCUCUCCAGGACCUUCAGUGUUGAUGACACCAGCCCGCAGUAACCACAACCACAACCUGGCCGUGGUCACCUGUCUGACCAGAUGCCGACCCAAGACUGAGGACUUCCUGUCUUUUCUCUGUCUGAGGGGUUCAGCAGCAUUGCCUAGCAACAUGGCCUUCUUAGCGGGUGGAAGAGCGAAGGAGCAGGCUGGCACUCAACAUCUUACUUCCUGUCUUUCCACCAACCACAGGACUGCAGCUGAGGGGAGGAACAUGAGUGUUUGCAGCAGAAGAGUGCAGCGAGACUCCAGGUCUCUUAAAGGGAGGCCCAGAGGCUCCGCAGUGUCCAGCACCUUCUGCCCUCUAAGUGCCCGGGCACAGAGGAGGAGGGAGAGAGAGAGGAGGGAGGAGGAACAGCAGAGGAAGAGGACGAAGGGGAUGGAGGAGGACAGGAGAGAGGGAGGUGAGAGACACCUCCUGAGACCACGCCAGCUCUCCCUACAGCUCAGGAGGACAAACAAGGGGGCCAUGGUGACUGGACUCUCUGAACAAAGCUCCUGUGUCAGGUCAGUUCCUACCAUAAAGCCUAGCACGGGGGUAGGCAGCAGACGCUCCCCCAGGCCCUGCACACGGCCUAGCAAUACCUGUAAACCAAGAGCCGGGGAAACCAACAACAAACACCUCUCUGGGCAAAACAAACACCAUCUGCCUCGCAAUCAGCGCCUUCCUCCCCACCAACAAACAGUCUCUAACUACUAUAGCAACCCCAAGACCCUCAGUAGUCUCCAAAACUCAGGAAGACAUUCAAGCAGGACCACAUUGACUAAUGGCUCCGUCAGCAGUGAGGACCCUGGGGUCCUGAGGUUGUCCAGAAGAAGGAGAGGCCUCCCACCAGACACCAGCCCUACCCCUCUGAAUCAGGUACUUUCAGACAACAACUCAUCAAAGAGGUGCAGGACAGUGCAAUACAAUGAUGGUGACGUGCCAUUGGUGAGUGACUGCCAAGUUGGUGAGAUCCCACAAAGGGAGACGGUCUGUGAUAAAGAUGUUAGAGAGGUGUAUGCGAGUCAUAUUGGUGAAAUCUCUGGUAGCCAUGAUGAAGAACUUAGACAAGACAGAUGUGGCCAUGUCGGAGACAAGGUCAAUGUCGGAGAGUUAAGUUUGACCAGCGUCUCUGCUCUAGAGCCCUCUCAGGAAAAUCCUAGCACCAUGAUCACAGACGCUGGCCUCAGCCCUGUCAAUGAGGUCAUAAGCAGACAUGUGAGAGAAAAAAGGCUCCAGAGAAAUCAGCCCACUUCAUUCACAAUCCCUAAGAUCACGACCAGGACUACUGAUUCUAGGUCUGUUACCAGAGCUGCUACUGCUAGGACUACUGUAACUAAAGCUGCUAUCAACUUAGUGACAACCACACACAUACACACUGACCCACCAGCCAGGUAUUCUGCCAAGCACACUGCUAAGGGUACUAACAAAGGUACUAACAAGAACCUUACAAAGUGUACUUCACCAGCCAGCAGUUACUCUGUCCAUAAUUCCAAAGGUGCUGCAAAAGACACUUCCAAGGGUACCACAGAGGACUCGACAAAGGCCAGUGCCCCUGUCAGUAGCUAUUCUAGCACUUCCAAGGCCUCUACAAAGGGCCUUACCCAGACCAAGUCUACUACCUCAGCCAUAAAGACCAGGACCAGCCCAAGAAUCCUUCUGAAGCGCUAACAAACACCUGAGCUAUGUCUGAGAACGUCCACAGAUUCACUAUUCGCUAUGUUGAGAGUUGGUGUUGAAAACAGUGAGCAACAUUGGAUACUGUUAAUCAUAAGCACUGCAUGAUGGUUGUUGGCUGGUUGGAUAGUGACGUAGUGACUAUGUACUGUUCUCUACAUUUGUCAGUGAUUGUGGGAUCAUUUUGAAUUCUGUACACGUAAAAUAAACAAUUAGAAGACGCAAUGGCAGACACGUUGUAUAAUGGACUGUAUAGUGGACAGUCGCUGUUUCAAGAUGCUUUCCUGCUGUAUCUAAAAUGGUAGCUUGAUAUUUUUGUAUUGUUGUAUUCACAUGGAAAACACACUGGUUUCAUCAAAGCACAUAGUUGAACUUGAGUCAGUCUGCUGUACAGUUUUCAGUAGCUUGCCUAGAGAAAGCUGUCAUGCACACGACUACAUGCCAUUGCUUGAGGGCUUUUGGGUAGUCAGGUUGUUAUUUAAUCGGAACAGGAAUAAUGUGUUCAGGAUCGGUUAGAUCAAUUAGAUUAAAAUGUUUCUCACUUCCUCACCAGAAUUAAAGGAUAGGUUGACAUCUUUUUAAGUCUGUUUUAAAAUCACAGAACUCAUAUGAACAAUUAAACAGAUUUGUUUCUCCCUUUCAAUGUAAGUGAUGGGGGACAAAAUUCACAGCUCUUUUUAAAAACAAUCCAAAGUCUAUCUGAAGAUACGGCAGGCUUCAGCAGUCUUAUUCAAAUCAAAUGGAUAUCUUCCAUAGUUAGUGUUUUUAGUAUGAAAUGUCUUCUUUGUGUUACUGUCCCUCUGCCAACCAACAGCAAGGAAAAACUGUCGAUGGAACCAAAAAAGGGGGAAUUGUGUACAAAAUAUUCUGUUACUAUGGAAGAAAUCCAAUUGAUUUAUCUACCUGAGAGAACUGAAGACUUCAGAUAAACUUUGGAAUGUAAUUUUGUACUGUAGAUUUUUUUGCCACCAUCACUUGCAUUACAUUUGCAUGAAACCUGUUUGAAUGCACAUACAGGUACAUCUAAAAACAAAUAGAAUAUCAUGAAAAAGUUCAAUAUUUUUUGUAAAUGAGUGCACUUAUAUAGCGCUUUUAUCCAAAUCGCAUUACACUACGCCCAUUCACCCAUUCAUACUGUUGGCCGAGGCUACCAGGGACACUGGUGCCACCUGCCACCAUUGGGAAUUCAUUCACACACUGAUGAACGCAGCAUCGGGAGCCAUUUGGGGUUCAGAAUCUUGCUCAAGGAUGCUUCCAAAUAUAGGCUGCCAUGGUCAGGGAUCGAACCAACGACCUUCCAAUCGGUAGGCAACUGAUCUACCAACUGACCCACCCCAAUCAUUUCAGAAAGUGAAACUCAUACAUUAUAUAGAUUCAUUACACAGAGUGAAAUAUUUCAAGCCUGUUUUUCUUGUAAUUUUGAUGAUUCUGGCUUAGAGAUAAUGAAAACACAAAACUCAGUGUCUCAGAAAAUUAGAAUAUUGUGAAAAAGUUCAGUCAGUGGUGGUUUUGGGCCAUGUCCUCUGCUGGUGUUGGUCCACUGUGUUUUCUGAAGUCCACAGUCAACAUAGCAGCCAUCUAGCAGGACAUUUUAGAGCUCUUCAUGCUUCCACAAGCUCUUUGGAGAUGCUGGUUUCAUUUUCCAGCAGGACUUGGCACCUGCCCACACUGGCAAAGGUACCAAAAGCUGGUUCAGUGACCAUGGUGUUACUGGGCUGGACUGGCCAGCAAACACUGCUGACCUGAACCCCAUAGGAGUCUAUGGGCUGUUGUCAAGAGGAAGGUGAGAGACACCAGACGCAGAUGACCCGAAGGACGAUAUCAGAGCAACAUGGUGCCGUAGGCUGAUCUCCUCCAUGCCACCAAGUAUUAAUGCAGUAAUUCAUGCUAAAGGAGCCCAACCAAGUAUUGAGUGUAGGAAUGAAGAUACUUUUCAGGAGCCUGACAUUUGUGUUUAAAAUAUCCUUUUUUUAUUGAUCUUAUGUAAUAUUCAAAUUUUCUGAGACACUGAGUUUUGUGUUUUCAUUAUCUGUAAGCCAUAAUGAAGAAAUACAGGCUUGAAAUAUUCACUCUGGAAUAAAUAUAUAAUAUAGAAUAGAGUUUCACUUUCUGUAAUAAUUGACAAAAAAUAUUGAACUUUUUGACGAUAUUCUAAUUUUUUUUUAGAUGUACCUGUAUGAGCAUUUGAGUACUGUUUUUAUGGCGGACUUGAAAAGACUUUUAUGAAGUCAGUGGCAUGCAUGCAUGGUGGAAACUUCCAAUCUGUCCACAUCCACUCUGAGCUCCAUUAGGGCUACAAUCAGUUGUGUGUGUAAAACCAGCUGCACAGUCACCAGCCUAACUGUCUCCACCAGCCUGUGUAACAUCAGUAGGACCCCCCAGUCUACUGGUCUUUACAGUGUUUUUAAUUAUUACAUGCAAAGGAUACAAAAUCAAAACAGUUUAUUUACUAAUUUAUUAUUUUCUGAUUUAUUCUUUUUAAUUUCCCCUUCCACCCAAGCCUUUUAUGCCCGUACUGUCUGUACCAUUUUGUACCAGUUUGUACCAGUUUUUGUUCAUGCUUCAUAAUGCGCGUAAAAAAGUGGAGGGCGGUCAUGUCAGAGGGUUUGAGGAUUACAUCAGGUACUACAAGGUGCUAUUAGCUUGCUCUUAAGCAGAUUUUGGAGAAUAUAAGCGGAAGAGUGUUAAAACAAUAUGGCUGUAUUACAUAAAAUGAGUCGGUACAUUCAUUCAUAUUCCACAUUUCCUCAGACUAAAGCCCGUGUGUAGGAUCAAAACAACAAACUGACUUUGGUAACUGAAGACAGAAAAUGAAGGAGAAAAAAACACUGUGGGAGAGCAGUUGAUGCUGCUGCCCUUUUCAAAAUAAUUUUGAAGUUGCUGUAAUCACUUGAUAAUUCUAAACAUACGGGCUCUAAAUAAGUAAAGGACAAUGUGUUUGUAAAUGAGUUUAUUCUAUCCAUAUUAUUUUUGAUCAGUAAAAAUCAGUCAGUUCUUUAGGGCGGGAACAUGGUAAAAUAAGUUGAGCAUAAAGGUAUGAAUCAGUUUCAUGUUAUGAGCCGUCUCUGUGGAACAAAUCACAUACUGACAUUAUGUCUGGUUUAUAGGAAAGAGAUUUGUCUCGUUCCACUCAUGUCAUUGUGAGGUCCAGUAACACUGACAGAGUAGUGUCCUCCACAAAGCAUCAAACUAAGUGCUUACAGUUAUCACUCCAUGAAAAAGUGCUCCUUUACCAUGACAUGAUCAGGUAAUUGUUAAACUAAUUAGCCACAUGAUGGAAAAGGCUUUCUUUUCAAACUGAACGAGGCAUUUGCUUUGUACAGUCUUCAGUUGUAGUCAUUUUCUCCUGGUUGCUUUUCAAUAAGUUAUCACAUUAGUGUAAGUGUGUCUGCUCUGCAAAGUCUCCUUCGUGAACUCGAUCAUUAAUACCAGAGUUAGCUAUCAGGAUGCACACAGUGUUAAGAAUCUACAGACAAAGUGCAAACAGAAAAUCUUUGCAGACAGAACUGGCUUCCUGAUACAGCAUUGCAUGACUUUGUUAAACAAUUAACUUGUUCCCUGUUAAACAGGUUUUUUGAGGAGUCUUUCCCUGGCCGCUGUGAGGGUCAAACAACAGAGGGAGUUGUACCCUGUACAGUCUGUACGGUCUGUAAAACCCUUUGAGGCAAAUCUGUGAUUUUUGAUUCUGGGCUCUAUAAAUAAAACUGAAUUAAAUUGAAUUCUUGCUCAUGUAUUCUAUCAAGGGACGGUUCAUUCAUGUAAUCCUUACAUCAUUCCACACAGAAAAACAUUUAUUCAUGUGUGUUGGCUGGCUAAAUGGAAAAUCAUUGAAUGCAUACUCCAACUUACAAUGUUCUGGGUUUCAUCUGGGACACAAAGUUAGUAGUUUCAA